UUCUCCCGCGAUGUUUUGCUGAAUCUUCCGUAGAGCCUCAUGUCGGUCUUGUCCAUAAUGUCUGCGGAAAAUGGCAGUUGAGUGGUGAACGUGUUAAUGUUCCGUUGUAGUUAUUUUCAGUUUAAUUUGUUCCAUCAUCAUGAAACGACUGUUUAUAUCGUUUAUGUCUCAUUGGCCGCUCCGUGAGUUAUCUCCGCUCCUGAAUUUAUAAGGAGGGAUAUCAAGGGCAUCAAGAGUUAUCAGUCUUGCUAUGACCUUCAAGAAGUGUAAUUAGUCGGGUGUUAGCAUGACUGGCAAAUUGAAUUUAUAUUAGAUUUCUUGUUACAUUCACUACUUCACUAGUGUGUGCGGAGGUAUUUUUAUACCGUAAUAAAAAGUCGUUAUACAUUAAUACAAAGAAAUAUUGUCCAGCUGCCAUUCAACAUGGUGAAAACAAAGAAAUUCAUACUUGUAAAACACUUUGUUGGUGAACCAAAGGAAAAUGAUUUUCAACUUGUUGAAGAAGAUCUGCCAGCCUUGAGAGACAGAGAAAUCCUCUGUGAAGCUGUUUGGCUGAGUGUAGAUCCUUAUAUGAGGCCAUUUUCAAAUAAUUUUCCUACUGGAGUCACCAUGACAGGAACACAGGUUGCCAAAGUCACUGAGAGCUGUCAUCCAGAAUAUAAAGUUGGAAUGCAUGUUGUAGGAGACUUUGGAUGGCAGACCAGAGCUGUUGUAAAUGCUGAUGACCCAGGAGCCUCGUUGUGGCUAGAGAAGCCAUAUAUUAUCCCAGAUUUUUCUGGUCUGCCUCUGUCUCUUGCACUUGGAGUUCUGGGCAUGCCAGGUAAUACAGCUUACUUUGGAUUCCUUGAGAUAUGUGACCCCAAGCCAGGAGAUGUUGUAGUGGUCAGUGGAGCAGCAGGUGCAGUUGGUAGCCAUGUUGGACAGAUUGCUCAGCUGAAAGGUUGCAAGGUCAUAGGGUUCACAGGAUCGGAUGAAAAAGUGAAAUGGCUGGUGGAUGAACUCAGGUUUGAUGCAGCAUUCAACUACAAGACAACAGAUGUUGUAGAGGCUCUAAAACAGUCUACUCCAGAAGGUGUAGACUGCUAUUUUGAUAAUGUUGGUGGAGCACUGAGCAGUGCUGUAAUUUCACAAAUGAGAUUCCGAGGUCGUAUUUCAGUUUGUGGGUCCAUUUCUUCUUACAACGCUGACAUCAGCAAGCUUCCCCAGGCUCCAGACAUUCAACGUACAGUGCUGAGAAAAGAAUUAAAAAUGGAAGGCUUCUCAGUGAAGUACUGGAAUGAUAGGUGGGACGAAGGAAUCAAACAGAACUUACAGUGGAUAAAGGAGGGAAAACUGGUGUAUAGGGAAACAGUGACUGAAGGAUUUGAAAACAUGACAAAGGCAUUUAUAGGAAUGCUACGAGGAGAGAAUAUUGGAAAAGCUGUUGUUAAAGUUUGAUGUUGGGAUGCCGACUGGAACAGAAGAGCGACUGAUGCAGAACAAAUGAGUGAAAUAACAUACAAGAUGGAAUCUUGGCCAACAUUGUAUAAUUAAAUCUUGAAUGCUGUGCCCUCUUCACAUUUAUGUUGCUUGAAUAAACUAUGAAAACUGGUGCAUUGUAACUCCAGCA